UGGACAGAGUAGCUAUUCCCUUGAACCCUUUUUAAAUAAGCAUAUAUCAUUAGACAUGGGCCAUAAGAUGUAGUCUCUGUCGAUGUUGGAGAGUUGUACAGCACAAUUUCGCAGUUAUGUCUGGAAAGAAGCUUGCUAAAGGUACGGAAGCGGUAGAAGGUUUCGUGAAUGCUCAAAUGGCAGAGGACAAUCCUCAUGGUUUCAAAGUGGGUUCCAUGGUAGAGGUUCCUAUGUCUGAAGGUCUUCCCCGAUUUGGCGUCAUUCGCUGGAUUGGAAUUAUUCCACAGUUGAAGGAUAAGCUGGUGGCAGGUCUGGAAUCGGUAAAAAUAAUUAAUAAAUAAUUGAUAACCAGAUGUAGUCAGGAUAAUGCUAUGCCGAACUGGUAGAAUUCAUGCAAUAUGCAAAGUGUCAGGGCUGUAUAGGGAGAAUCAUUUUGCCUUAAGAAUUCGCACUACGGAUUAAUUGCCGUGAGGGGAAAGACCAAAACCUCAUGAAAAAACUUCUUCGAUCGACCACGAAAAUGAUACGACCACGGUACGCUAUUUAUACCUCGUGUUAAUCCGCCGGAGUACCAGCUUACUCAUUCUCAGAUUUGUAGCUACCUUGAUCCGCGAAACAUUGGAUGCUUCACAGCCUUUACAAAACUUCGUCCAAGAACGUGAACUCUCUGUCACAUUCUAAGCCAUGUGGAGGUUUGCAUUGCAAGUAUGACGUCACAGUUUCACUAGUUCCAGCCCCCAUUGUUGUGCGGUAUAGGUAGGAUUAUCCCCCAUUAAUGGCGGACGAAAAAUCUCGAGAAAUAUCGUCAAAGAAAACGGACUUGCCUUGUUAAGAUUGAAAAACGGCGUGGCCGAGAAAUAGCGUCAAAUAAAACAGACUUCCAUUGUUGCUGCGGGGCGAGCAUAGCGAGCAAGCAGCAACAUAAUCAAGAUUUAAGAACAAUAUAUAGAAGGGUGUACGAAUAGGCCAAUUGCGAUAUAUUAAAAUUCUAACUUGGCUCCGAGGCUUUAAGGGAAUAAAA